AUGAAUCAUUUUUUCAAAAGCAGUUCAGCUGAGCUGACCUCGGCAAAAGAAGAAAUUGAUAUGCUUCGCCAGAAGAUCAAGACUGUCGAAGCCAUAGCAUCUUCUCUUGAGGACCAGUUAGCGGAAGAAAGAAAAAAAAAUGUUGAUUUAAAAGGCACAGCACAAAUGUGGGAGGAUACAGUUAAGGCUAUGGAUGAAGCGCAUCGCUGUGAAAUCUCUGGUCUGCGAGACGAGCUAUCAAUUUACAAGCAAAUAAAAGAGGCAACCGACGAGGAUAUUACCGUAGUAGUGAGUGAAUCUAUAAACUCCUCUUUGCAGGGCAUACGACAAGAAUAUGAACUCAAGAUAAAUAAACUGACGGAGGAUACCCAGUUACUGCAAAAUAGGCUUACUGAAAGCGAUAGUUUGAGAGCUGAAGGAUUAAAGGAGUUGGAAGACGUGAAGGCUGCCUAUUUGAGAGCUGAGAAGCGUUUUCGAGAGGAUAUUGCAAGAGUUCACGAGCAAUACGAGGUGGGUCGUAGGGAAAUGGAAAAGAAGCAUAUAUCCGAGCUGGAAGAACUCAGGAAGAUGGCUGAGAGCCAUUACGGGCGUGAACUAUCAGACGAGAGUAAGCCAGAAAAGCACUCUGAGCUUAUCACCGCGCUAAAUCAUGAAAUACAACACUUGAAUGAAUCGAACAGAUUGCUCCAACAGGAUAUUGACCAGAAAGAACAAAUAUUAGUCGACGUGCAGCAGAAGCACGCUGAGUGGAGAGAAAAGGUAAAAAGUAUAAAGCGGCAAGACAAUGAAACCAUUGAAAAUUUGAAGAGACGCUUAGAAUCCGCAUCUGCUAGUCCUGCAGCAGCAGAGGGGCAGCCAAAUCCUCAACUUAGUAAAGAACUAGAAAAGCUGAAUGAAAAAUUUGAGGAGGAAAGAAUGAUGAAUAGGGAAACUAUUAAACGUCUGCAAGAGCAGCUAACAGAGGCCGAGAAAAAGGUGUUGGAGCUCCAACGUAGUGAGGAUUCUCUUGAUAAGGUACAACCUGAAAGCGAUAAGAAUGAAAUUCAAGACCAUGAUAGAGCAGAAUCUCAACACCAGUCUCGGAGAGGAGGCAAUUGUCGGUCGAGAAGAGGAAGAAGACAAAAAACGCAGGGUCAAGACAAUGUCGUAUUGCUGGGACACAAUAUGGAUCUAUCUUGCCACCAAAGUUCAGUGUCUCAAAAUGCCACAGAGGCUGAGCGUGCAUCGCAAGACCACACAGAGAUGGAGCGCCUGCGUGACCAGCUGGAGGCGAUGACAGCUGAGCGUGACGCGGCAGUUGAGCGUGCAUCGCAGGAUCACACAGAGAUGGAGCGCCUGCGUGGGCAGCUAAAUAAAAGUAAUGAUUCCUUAAAGCAUAUUGAAUCUAACUUGCUUCUCUGGAAAGAAAAAGUGAAGACAGCUAAGCUUCGCGAUACGGAAAAGAUUUCGGAAUUAGAAACAGCCUUGUCAGAUAAUAAGGAGACCACAGCUACUGCUGUUGGUGAAAUGAAGAAUCUCCUUUCACGGUAUGGUGGUCCUGUUGAUAAUACCACAAGUUUACAGGAACUGAUUUUUGGCUUUGAUAAGUUCCUUGCUUCGGUCGUGGGGGCCUUGGCGUUAUCUCUUUCAGAACCAAUUGAUGAGCACACUAAUCCUCUUACAUCAAUGGCAGAGCGUCUGCAUCAAAGGGUUGUGUGCCUUUCGAGGGAACAGAGUAUUCUUCAGCAAGCAAAUGAAAGCCUAGAGCGGGAUAAAAGUGAACUUCAAAAGGAGCUCCAAAAGUGUGAAGAAGAAUUCGAAGCUUUGAAGAAGCAAUCCGAGGAAGUUAGUAAUAUGGUCCACCAAGAUGAGCUAAAUAAGCUUCUUGAGCUGAACAGACAGCUUGAGGAGCGUUGUGAGCUGCUUCGAAAGGAAGUGAAGCGACAACGAGAGGCAUUUCAUAGAGAUCGUGCCCAUCAUGAGUUAGCCUCGGUGCUUGUUAGCACUCACAAGGAUUCAAAGGAGACUGAGUUUGCAUUGCGUGCUGCAGCUGGAGGUGUCUUCGAAAAGGAUAUGCUCUCUUUGGCGGCCACCCAGAGUCAGCGAGACAACGAAAUAAAGUUCAUGCGAAUGAAAAUCGCUGAACUUGAAAAGGAGAAUACCGACCUUAAAAAGUCAUGUGAGCACAAUAACAAAGUGAUUGUUGAGUAUACCAAAGAGAUUGAGGUUAUGAAGUCAAAUCAGCGAGUCCAGGUGAGCAUUGAAUAUGUAAAGAAUAUUAUUUAUCAAUUUUUAUGCGCAAAUGAGGAUUUGCGCAUGAGGUUGAUCCCGGCCAUCGGAACGGUACUAGAAUUUAAUGCAAAGGAAAAACAAGAUAUCUUGGUGGCAAAUCCGAAGUGUCCCAAGUUUCAUUAG